UCUCUGUGUGAUCUCAGAGCUGAAUGGCGGGAGGAGAAGCUCCAGGCGCUGUCGGCCAUGUUGUCUGACUGAAGGAGCAUCUGUCUGCUGAGGAGGAGGCGACAUGAGUUCUUCACAGGAGGUGGGUCUCAUUGCUGACGGCGACGACGAGUCUGCCUACAGGAUGGAGGUGGAGCAGAGGUCUCCCACAACCUCCAUGGAUGUUAACAAAACAAAGGAGUUUGUGACUGUCUCAGGUGGGAGGUCCAGCAGGAGGCUGAACAGCUGGUCCCGUAAAUAACACACCGGCUCACCUUCUGACCCCGACGAAGAGUCAGCACGCCAUCACGAGCUCAUCACUUCCCUCCCGCAAUAUCCUCAACCAUAAGGUGAAACCAGUAAAUAUUACAACAUUAAUGACUUUAAGCAUUAAACACUUAAUUUCCUGCAUUCUGGAGACAUUUUCUGCACCAGUUUAUGGAGUAAAUGUCUUUAUUUAAAUGAAAGGAAACUAAAUUAAGGUGAGAGGUGACAAUUCAAAAUACAAUGGAAUUCAGUAAUCACUUUUUGGACAAUGCAAAUUUGUUUUUUCCAUAUUUCAGUUGCAUUGCACGUUUUCUUAUUGUUUCAUUUGUUAUUUCACAUUUCUAGUUGCUGCUGUUCAGAACAUUGUUAACAAAAGCUUUCAAAAAGUGAUGGAGAGAUUCAGAUUCUGACGUGUCCCCUGCGUCCCCCAGGGAAAAUCUGUCAACUUUUAAAUGUCCCGCCCCAUCCGCACCCGAGCUUCUCCUGUCCCUCGUCUCUCUCCACCGGCAGAAAGAACGGGAGCAGAAAGUGGGCGCCUCAGAGAGACGCAGACCUCACCGCUGCCCGCUGUGUGACAAAGCAUUCAUGUCAACGCACCAGCUGAAGGAUCAUCAGAGUGUCCACACCGGAGAGAGACCAUACCACUGUGACCUGUGCGGGAAAACCUUCACUCAGUUAAGCAGCGUAAGAACGCACCAGCGCGUCCACACGGGAGAGAAACCGUACCAGUGUGACCAGUGUGAGAAAGCUUUCACUCAGCCGAGCACGUUGAAACUCCACCGGCGCCGUCACUCUGGAGAGAAACCCUACAGCUGUGAACACUGCGGGAAGAGCUUCACUGAUUCAUUUUCAUGCCGACAACACGAACACGUCCACACGGGUGACAAACCUUUCCAGUGUCAGCUCUGCGCCAAAACCUUCCUCACACAGUCGAAUCUGACGAGACAUCGGCGCCUCCACACGGGAGAGAAACUGUACGGCUGUCAGCUGUGCGGACGCAGUUUCAAUCAUCACUCCUCGUACACCGUCCACCAGCGGAUCCACAGCGGAGAGAGACCCUACCGGUGUCGGUUCUGCGAUAAAACCUUCACGUCAUCCACCAACCACGCUGAGCACGAGCGCGUCCACACGGGGGAGAGACCGUUCAGCUGUGAGCAGUGUGGGAAGACUUUCAGCCACGUCACCACUCGCCUGCUGCACAAGCGCGUCCACACCGGUGAGAAACCGCACCGGUGUCAGCACUGCGGCAAAAGCUUCCUCACGUCGUCGAACCUGGCGAGACACGUGCGGACUCACACCGGGGAGAAGCCGUACUGGUGCGACCAGUGUAAGAAACACUUCACCUUCUCCAGUCAGCUGAAGAGACACCGCUGCGUCUGACGUCUGGGCACAGUGCUGACGUCUGCUGGACUCGAAGGAGGGUCAUGUUUCGCCAACGCAGUUUACAAUUUAAAAUAAAAAAUGUAAAUAUGUUAUGUUCAAAACAUUGAAGGAAAAUGCUAAACAUGAGUUGUUUCCUGCGUCUCCUGGGUGAGGAUUUCCUGUUUUACGCUGACGUAAAUCUAAAACGGUCAUCUACAUCAACUUGAACAGUCGGACACUGAUGGACAUUUUCACUGUGACAGUUUGAACGGUUUAGGGCUACAAAUUAUUUAUUUAUUUACUGAGUUAAUUGUUUGGUCUAAAAAAAUCCAUUGCGGUUUGUCAGAGACGAUGAAGAUGACAUCUUUUUUUUUUUUUCCCGACCAACAACCCAAACAAGAUUUGUUUAUUUUUGUUGGAGAUGAAGAAAACCAACAUUUAGAGGUGAAGCUGCAGCCAGUGACUUUCAUCACUGAGAGGGAAUGUAAAUAGGUUUUAUUUAAUAUGGAAACAUUUAUAGAUUAUUUCAGUAUGGAAAGCUCAUGAUAAAAAUCUAUUUAUUAAUUUAUUUAUGUCUGUCUGAAGUACUCCCUCCAUGUAAAUAAACGUAUGUACUUUUCGCUACAUAAAGUUCUGAAACCCAAAUAAACAGGUUGAAAAUAAUAAAAUGAGUUUUCUGUCGUUCAACUAAUUAACUAACUGCUUUAAUUUAUCAAAAUAUAUAUUUAAUGUAUAUAAUUGAUAAUGAAGAUGAUAGCUGCAGCUUGCUCAUUGAGAAUUGACCCGAAAUGCUAAAAUCUUAACUAAUUACUUGACGAAUUAAUGAUCACGUAUUAGCAGCGUCUUUAUAACUAAUGUAUUUUUAUUAGAAACUUCUUUAGUUAGCAUUUUUCAUGUUCAGCUAACAACAAAUAAAAUACAAUUUUUA